AUGCGAGUUGAAAUGGAUCCUGUCUCUAUUUUCGAGGAUGCACUUAAAGGUCUUGCUACUAAGGAUUUUGACGCAGACGUUGAAGAACCUUCCAGUAAUCUAAAUGCUUCGGUUAAUGUCGCGGAUGACCACGUAAAGCCUGGAUUUAAUGAGACUUUCACGAAUGCUGGUAUAAAGGUUAUUUCAGCACCAACUAUAACUAAACCGCCUAAUGAAGUUGCCACUACUUCUCAAAAUGAUAUAAUACUCAGUGCACUCAUAAAUGCAGGCAUUGCGCCAGCCUCUCUAAAACCCCAAGAGACUUUUAGCAAUCCUCCUUCAGUUUCAAUCACCGCAAAUCCUAACGUAAAAGUUCUUAGUUCUCGAGGAACUACUAUCCUCAGGGUGAUGCCAUCGGCUAAUGGUAGCAGUUCACCUAUUGCUCAGGCCCAUUCUCCUUUAAUAGCUAGUCAUCUAUUAAAAAAACCGGGUGAUAAUAGUCGAAUGGCUUCCCCAUCGCUUACACAUCUACCAAACAUCAUAAGAAAGCGGCCCCCUUCGCUUAUCGAAACCAGUCAACCGAUUUCGAAGGUGAGACGUGUAGCAUCCCAAAGUCAUAUGGAUGGAGAAGUCGGUGGUCAGACCAAUUCCGCUUUUCCAAGUGUAUCUACUGUUCCAACAAGUUUGAAUAAUUGGUACCAAACUCCAAAUAUUUCACGGCCAUCAUUACCUCACAAUCUUCGACUGCCUAAUCAUGUCCAGCAAACUCCCAGACCUUACCCAGUGAUAAAACGUGAUGAAGAUAUGGAUGAAGAUGAAGAUCUAGCUCAAGCGGAAACCUAUGCUGAUUACAUUCCAUUGAAAUUAAAGUUUGGACGAAAACAUCCAGAUCCUGUAGUUGAAUCAAGUUCCCUAUCCAGCGUUUCUCCUCCAGAUAUACACUACCGCCUAUGUCUGCCAGAUGAAGUAAUCGACCGUGCAUGUCUUUCAGCAUUACAGUUGGAGGCAGUGGUGUAUGCCUGUCAACGUCACGAGUGCAUCUUACCCAAUGGUCAACGAGCUGGCUUUUUGAUUGGCGACGGGGCAGGUGUGGGAAAAGGUCGCACCAUUGCCGGAAUAUUGUAUGAAAAUUAUUUACGACAUCGUAAAAAGGCCAUUUGGCUAUCCGUUUCCAAUGAUCUCAAAGUUGACGCUGAACGUGAUCUACGUGACGUGGGUUUGGGGAAGAUCAAAGUUCAUUCGUUAAACAAGUUUAAAUAUGCACGUAUCUCUGGUAAAACUAAUGGACGUGUUAAAAAAGGUGUGAUUUUCUCCACAUACUCUUCGUUAAUUGGUGAAAGUCAAGGCAGUGCAAAGGCGAAAUACAAAACACGGCUGAAACAACUAGUUCAUUGGUGUGGGAAAAAGUUCGAUGGUGUGAUUGUAUUUGAUGAAUGUCAUCGAGCCAAGAAUCUUACACCAAGUGGAUCUCAAAAACCAACAAAAACUGGUUUAACUGUCCUGGAAUUACAGAACAGAUUACCAAAUGCUAGGAUUGUCUACGCUAGUGCAACAGGUGCUACUGAACCACGUAAUAUGGCCUAUAUGACACGUUUAGGUUUAUGGGGUGAAGGUACACCGUUCAAAACAUUCAAUUCAUUCAUUCAAACCCUUGAACGUCGAGGCGUAGGCGCCAUGGAGUUAGUUGCUAUGGAUAUGAAACUGCGUGGAAUGUAUAUUGCUCGUCAGCUUAGUUUUCAUGGUGUACAUUUUGGUAUUCAAGAAGUGCAUAUCGAAAAUGUUAAAUUGGGGAAUGAUAGUUUUAUUCAUGUAUAUAAUCAGUCUACCGAUCUGUGGGUGUAUGCAUACCGUUUCUUCACUGAAGCAUCACGCUUGCUAAAUCUCAGUGAUCGUUAUCGUAAAACUAUGUGGGGACAAUUUUGGUCUGCUCAUCAACGAUUUUUCAAAUAUCUUUGUAUUGCUGCCAAAGUGGACACAUGUGUUGAAUUCGCUAAAAAUGCCAUUGAAGAGGGUAAAUGUGUAGUCAUUGGUCUACAAUCAACUGGUGAAGCGAAAACACUAGAACAAGUUGAAGAAUAUGGAUCAGAUUUAGGUGAAUUUGUAUCAACAGCAAAGGGUGUAUUUCAAUCGUUAGUUGAAAAGUAUUUUCCAACACCAACAAAUGUAGAUAAUUUCUCACUUAGAGGAGAUAAAUUAGCCUCUGCAGGUGAUCGUAGCUCUAGCACAACCCUCAGCAGAGCAGGACGUGCAAUUGCAGCUGGUCAAGGCAGUGGACUUGGAUUGAAAGAUAUUCUUGGCGAAAAAAUGCUUGCCAAAUUGGUUGCCGGCGGCAGUUUAUCUGGAUCUAAUCUUGAUAGUGAUUUUGAAGGUGGUGGUGGUGCUAACAAGCCUGAAGAUAAAGGAUCUGAUUCUGAUGAUAAUGAUGAUGAGCAUUCUGAAGAAUCCGAAGAUGAUGAAGAUUCUGAUUUUAAUAAUACUGUAAAAGUUAAUGGUGGUGUUAAUCCACUCGGAGGGAAUUCAUCUUCUUCAGAUUACUAUGAUUCUGAUUUAGAGUUGAAUUCAUCCUUGGAGAAUUCGAAUAAAAAACGAUCAAAAAAAUCAAAUUCCAGUAAAAAACAACAAAGUCAAUCAUCUGAUAGACGUAAACAAAAGUAUACACGUGAUGGUGAUUCACCGAGUGGUUUAUCUGAUGAUUCAGAUGAAGAUUGGGAUCCUGAUGCGUUGUUCGAUAGUUUUUUAGCUCGUAAUAUGAAUUUAUGCACUCCAGGUUCCGAUCAUAGUAGCCUAACUAAACGAUCUGAUGGAAGUAACAAACACGUCAAUGAUGAUAUAUGGGGUGAUGAAUUCACGCGUAAACUAUCACAACAGUAUCUUAUGGGACGAGGUUCAUCAAACCAGUCAUUGGCUGUGAGUAGUGAAACAAAAGUCUCACCAGAGGAGGCUAAACGACAGUGUACUGAAAUGCAAAAUCUACUUCUGCGUUUUAUCGAGAAAUUGGGUGCUAAAUUACCUCCAAGUUCUCUUGAUGAAUUGAUUGAUAAGUUGGGUGGACCGUCAAAAGUUGCUGAAAUGACCGGUAGGAAAGGUCGAAUGGUAAUGGGAGAUGAUGGUCGUGUAUCGUAUGAAUCUCGUCGGGAAAGUGAUGUCAAUUUGGAAUUACUUAAUCUAACAGAGAAACAACGUUUCAUGGAUGGUGAAAAAUUAAUCGCUAUUAUAUCUGAGGCUGCCAGUAGUGGUAUUUCUCUUCAGGCUGAUCGACGAGCGAUUAAUCAACGUCGACGUGUUCACAUUACUCUAGAACUUCCAUGGAGUGCAGAUCGUGCUGUUCAGCAGUUUGGUCGUACGCAUCGUUCCAAUCAAGUCAGUGCUCCUAAGUAUAUCUUCCUGAUUUCCAACUUGGCUGGUGAGCAGCGCUUUGCAUCAACAGUUGCUAAACGUCUGGAGUCACUUGGUGCUUUGACGCAUGGUGAUAGAAGAGCUACAGAAACUCGUGAUUUGUCACAGUUCAACUUAGAUACUAAACUCGGUCGGGAAGCUUUGGAAGUAGUAUUACGAGCCUGUAUUUUGGGAGAGGAAGGAUUAGUUGAACCGCCAAAUGACUAUAUGUCUAGUUCACCAUUUGACUCUUCUGGUGAUCGAGAAAAACUAGGCAUACAGUCAUUUUUCCAGGAUGUUAGAGCCAGUUUACAAGGUGUGGGUUUAGCCACCGGUAGAUAUCGUGAAAAAGACAGUAAUCAAAUGUCAAAAUUUCUCAACCGUAUACUGGGCAUACGCGUUAAUAUUCAAAAUGCUUUAUUCCAAUAUUUCUCUGAUACACUGGAAGAGAUUACCAGACGUGCUAAACGUGAUAAUCAAUUGGAUUUAGGCAUUAUGGAUUUAGGUACAACUGGACAAAAUUUAGAUAUAGCAUGGACAAAAAGUUUCGAUACCUGGUUUUUAUCCGAAUCUACUCAGGUUCAUUUACAUAAAGUGACAGCUGAACGCGGUUUAACUUGGUCAAGUGCUAUGGAGAUAUACACUCAACAUGAUGGUAUACACGAUGGUUUUUAUUUACCUUCAACGUCUACUAGUAACAAACUUGUUAUUCCUAUUCUUGCUGUAUAUGUGAAAUCUCGUACCUCACGAGUGACAAGUUCAUCUGAAUCGAAAUUAUAUCGUAUAUAUCGUCCAAAUACUGGAUUACAGGCUAAACCAAUUGAACUAGAAAAAUUACAAGAACGCUAUAAGCGUGUUUCUAAUGCAUCUGAUUGUCAAGAACCUUGGAGUCGAAUAUUUAGAGAAAGUGCAAAGCGUUGUAUUCAUAUGUUACUUCAUGGAUUUUGUUCAACAAGUGUUCAAAAUCGAACAGCUUGUGAAGUUGGUUUACGAAUGCGUAAUUAUUAUGUUCUCAGUGGAUCAGUAUUAAAUGUUUGGGCAAGAAUUGAACCAGUACUUCAAUUUCGUUCAAAUUCUAAUCGUUGUAUGCAAGUUGUACGUCUUAAAUCAAAAGAUGGAAAGCGUAUUAUUGGUUCACUGAUUCCACAAGAAUGUGUACAAGAUGUGCUGGCGUGUUUAUCAUUACCACCUGAAGCAGGACAAACGCAAUUGCCUGAGGACAACUCUUCAACCAAGUCAAUAUUUCCUCGUAAUCAAAAUUCAUCUAGUAUACGAAAUAAUAAUUUUCUUGCUUCGUCUGAUAAUGUUUGUGUUCCUUGGCCUAGAGGUCAAAGACCUUGUUCACGAUUACCUCAACGUCCUAGAAUGUGGGGUAAUAAUCGUUCAGCGUCAAUGUUUAAUCAACGCGGUGGGAGUUCUGUUCUUGGACGUGGUAUGUCGUCUCCCUAUUCAUAUGGCACUGAUAAAAAUAUCCCUCCUGGUGGUUUAUCACUUCAUCAUCAUCAAAGAAUGCCUGAUCAACGACACUGGGGUGGUGCUGGUACACUGCGUGAAACCCUAACAACUGGUGUAAAUCAUUCUCUAGAUUACAAUCGAUCUGCUAAUUUUAUGCCUAAUUCGUCGUAUACACGGUUUCCUACACCCAAUUCAAAUUUCACCAGUCCUGCUCAACAGCAAACUACUACUACUACUACUGGCUUUUUGCAUAAUUCUUCUUAUCUACGUGCAUCGGCGGCGGCAACAGAUUCCAACAGUAGACCUCUUCGUAUGAAUUCUCCACCGAAAUUAGGCAGUCGGUUGAAUGCUGCCCUGUCUUUACCACCCAUACCAUCAUCUGAUAUUCGUAAUGUUGGUAUGCCAGCAUCGUAUACUAAUAAUAAUAAUAGUCACUUUACAGUCCCUUCUACUAAUAAUCUUUCAAAUAAUGUUAAUAAUAAUUUAUCUUCAUUCAGUUCAUCAGCUAACAACAAUCACAGUAUAUCAUCAUUGUCAACAUCAGCGGCCGCAGCUCCCACAAAUGGUGAUACAUCCAGUGGUGAUGUAAGGCGUGGAACAAAUAAAAUGACACGUUUUAAAAUAAAAUGGAAGGAAGGAUGA